AUGUCAGGAGGUGGAACUCAGAACAGCUUGAGGAAGGCACUUGGAUCCAUUAAAGAUACCACCACUGUUUCAUUGGCUAAAAUCAAUAGCGAUUACAAGGAAUUGGACAUUGCUAUAGUGAAGGCCACAAAUCAUGUUGAAAGACCAGCGAAGGAGAAACAUAUAAGAGCUGUUUUUGCUGCUAUUUCCGCUACCAGACCUCGUGCUGAUGUUGCAUAUUGCAUCCAUGUUCUUGCCAGAAGGUUGGCAAAAACGCAUAACUGGGCGGUUGCCUUGAAAACUUUGGUUGUCAUCCAUCGAGCUUUGAGAGAAGUAGACCCUACAUUUCAUGAGGAGCUCAUCAAUUAUGGCAGAAGCAGAAGUCAUAUGCUCAACAUGUCGCAUUUUAAAGAUGAUUCCAGCCCAAAUGCAUGGGAUUAUUCUGCUUGGGUUCGCACUUAUGCGUUGUUUUUGGAGGAGAGGCUGGAAUCUUUUCGGGUUUUGAAGUAUGACAUUGAGACAGAUCGACCAAGGACUAAAGAUCUGGAAACUGCUGAAUUACUGGAGCAAUUGCCAGCGUUGCAGCAGCUUCUUUUCCGUGUCCUUAACUGUCAGCCUCAGGGAGCUGCUGUUAGUAACUUCAUCAUCCGCUUGGCACUCGCAAUGGUUGCUUCGGAAAGUGUCAAGAUCUAUCAAGCUAUAACAGAUGGAACAGCAAAUCUAGUCGACAAGUUUUUUGAGAUGCCACGUGCUGAUGCUGUGAAGGCUCUGGACAUAUAUAGGAAAGCCUGUCAGCAGGCAGAGAGACUGUCGGAAUUUUAUGAGAUAUGUAAAAGCAUGGAUAUAGGGCGUGGAGAACGGUUCAUUAAGAUUGAGCAGCCUCCUGCAUCUUUCUUGCAAACAAUGGAAGAGUAUGUUCGUGAUGCUCCACGUGUCUCAACUGUUCGUAAAGAUCAGGUUGUGGAUAACAAACUUGAAGCACCAAAGGAGGUUUUAGCCAUAGAGUAUAAGAAGGAAAUCGAGGUGAAGGAAGAGGAACAACAUGUGCCAUCACCUCCUCUUCCUGAACCAGUGAAAGAGGAACAACCUCCCGUCGUUCCACCACCUGAUUUGUUGAACUUGGAUGAUCCUGCUACAGUUGCUUCCUCAGAACUUGAUGAGAGAAAUUCCCUUGCCCUGGCUAUUGUCCCAGUGGGCGACCAACAACCUGCUGCUGCACCAACCCAAGCAAAUGGAACUGGUUGGGAACUAGCAUUGGUUACAGCUCCAAGUUCAAAUGAAACUACCGCCGCUGCUAGCAAGUUGGCGGGAGGGCUAGAUAAACUCACAUUGGACAGCCUAUACGACGAUGCAAUGAGAAGGAAUAGCCAGCCUACGAGCUACAACCCCUGGGAAGCCACCGCUCCAAUGAACGGUCCAGUGAUGCAAGCAGCCCCACACGAUCCUUUCUUCGCCUCCAACGGAGUAGCUGCAUCUCAUAACGUGCAGAUGGCGGCAAUGGCCAACCAACAACAGGCUCUCCUGUGGCAGCAGCAGCAACAACAGAUGAUGAUGAUGACCACCCCACAGUUCCAACAGCAGGCAAAUCCUUUCGCCAACCCUUAUGGAGCUGCUGCAGUCCACCCCUACGGCUCAGGUAUGCCGCCUCCCGUUCAAGCGUACCAACCAUAUCCAGGAUACCUAUGA